ACUUAUCACACCAUGGUUGACACUCGCAGUGGGAAGAGCACCAUGCCGUAUAGUAAGGCUCAAGGGGAGCAGGCCGCCGCCAUUCUGAGAGAGAGAAAGGAGAAGAAGGAGCUCCUUAGGCAGGCAAGAUGAAGAUGAUAGCCGAGGAGCAAGCAGCGAAGAACAAGAAGUUGGAGACGGAGAUGCAAAGAUUGCAGCAAGAGGAGGAAGAGAGAAUGGGAGCUGCAAAGGAGGAAGAGGUUGAAGAGGAGGAAGAGCAGCCAGAAGAAGAACCCCUCAGAAGGAGAAAAUUGGGGGAAGGAGAAGGAAGCAGUGGCACGAAAGAAGAUGACCCAUGGGUAGAAAGGAGGAUAAGUGAGUGGGUGGCUAAUUUAUCGUUGGGUGAAGAUGAGGAGGCGAUGUUGUAUAUCCCUCAACAGGAGAAGGAAGCAGCAAUCAGGGAGAUCGAGGCAACGAGCGAUCCCCUAGAACACCAGGCCCUAGAGAAUGAGAAGAGGAGGACGGAGGAAUCCAACAAGAUGGCAGAAAAUUGCAUGGAUCAGCAGCCAGGCGAGACUACCAAGGCCUAUGAGGCCCUCAUGCUGGACAUGGUAGCAGAAUUCAAGCAACGGGCAGCUGCGACAACAUCCGCAUGUAAGAAGGAAGAUGAGGAAGCAGAGGAACAACAUCGCCUCGCUGAACAGCAGCAACAGGCGGACGCUGAGGCAGCAAGGAAGGCCGUAGACGACCGUCGUCGACAACGCCGAGACAAACUCCUCGAAUGCGAGGGGGAUAUCGAGGUGAUCGCCAACGAAUGGGCAGUGGCUGCUGAAGAGGGUGCCCCCUCUGCUGUGCGUGGCCUUGCAAGCACAAUCGAACAUAUGAGCGACUUGGUCGCCACCUGUGCAGCACAGCAAGAGGACAUCCUCUGCGUGGACACCCUGGAGCUUGCAACAGCCAGCCCCGCCGGACCCUCCAACUUGACGGACCGUGUCAACGUCUUGGAAAUCGACAUCGAGACUCUCAAGGACGGCGCUCUAACGACAAAUCAGCGGAUUGACCAGCAGAUUUGCGCCGCCGCAGCCAGUCCGACCGCGACUAAUCGCGAGGGCAUCCCGAAGUUUGACGGCCUCCCGAUCUUCUGCGAUGCAACAAAGACGGACCCGAUCCCAUGGUGGCGCCAGUUUGAGUUGAAGUUGGACAUUCACCACGUCAUCAACCCGAACCGGCACGCAUACUUAUACUCCCGCUCAGGGGGCGCGUGCCAGGCAUGGCUGGACAACAUGUUGUCCAGGCACAACGUCGAAGUCUUCGAGCUGCAUACAAAGAUCAGCUGGGCUGAUCUCAAGGCAGCAUGGAAUAAGCGGUUCCGAGCAGAGUCGCCCGAGCCACUUUACGACCAUCUCCACACAUUCUUAGCCUUCUAUGCACCACCAUCUUCGUCGACGGAUGACGAAGUUGCGUUGGGGGGCAUCCUUGGGUAUGUUACCAAGGUGGCCCGCGAGUUUCGCAUGCAGCGGUACGAUGAUAACAACGCACCGCUCUUUUAUGUCCGCAUCCAAGUUGGGCAAGCGUCCAGCAGCGCUUUGCUGGAUAGCAGCGCGACUCGCAAUUUCAUCAGCCAGUCCUUUAUCCAAAGGGCCGGCCUUGGCGCUCAAGUUCGAAAGAAGCCAAACCCGACGGCGAUCAAGUUGGCGGACGAUCAGACGCAACAACUCCUCGAUCGCUACAUUGAAGUCGUGUCGGUUUAUUUCGCACCUCAUGCAUGCGAACCGGUGACGUUUGACGUCUUAGACACGGACUUCGACAUUAUUUUGGGGAUGCCCUUGCUUGCAAGUGCGGAUCACACGGUUAACUUCCAUCAGCGGACACUUACCGUUCGCGACGCCUUCGACACCGAGGUGUCGUGUACCAUUCCUCUUCCGCACUCCUCGAUCCGAUGCCAAGUCGUAACGGCCAAGUCUUUUCGGGCCACUUUCGCUUACGGCCGGACCUACGAGAUAGGCCUAUGUUUUCUACGAGUCGCCACGACGACCAAAUCUUCACCUACGGACUUGUCUUCAGACUCCCGAGUGGUGCGGCUGCUCGACGAGUUCACAGACAUCUUCAAGUCUCCUACCGGUGUGGUGCCGGAUCGGUCGAUCUCCCACGAGAUCAUUCUUGAGGCCGGUGCCGCACCGCCGAAAGGAUGCAUCUAUUGCAUGAGCGAGGAAGAGCUCGCGGUUCUCCGCGCGCAACUCGACGAUCUGUUGGACAAGGGCUUGAUCCACCCUAGUAGCUCACCAUACGGUGCGCCAGUUCUUUUUGUACGGAAGAAGAACAAGGAUCUUCGCUUGGGCAUCGACUACCUCAAGCUCAACGCACAAACCGUCAAGAAUGCGGGGCGGAUUGACGACCUUCUCGAGCGGUUGGGCGGUGCAAAAUUCUUCUCAAAGUUGGACUUGAAGUCGGGCUACCAUCAAAUCUCGAUACGCCCGCAACAUUGCUACAAAUCCACGUUCAAGACGCGGUACGGGCAUUUUGAGUUGAUCGUUAUGCCUUUUGGCCUCACCAAUGCCCCGACGACCUUUCAAGCGGCAAUGACCAACGAGUUCCGUCCGAUGCUGGACCGCGUCCGGACCAUUGUACCGCAGUCUACUCAACUUUUGAGAUUCACGACAACUUGCGGGACAGCUUCAUUCGUGGCUACCAAGUCGACCCCGAGUUUUGCGACAAGUACGCAAAUUGCUCCUCUCCUAAUAGAGGGGUACUUGCUCGUCCGCACACGGCUUCUUGGCGAGUUCCACGACGCUCCCGCCACCGGACACUUUGGAGUCAAUCGUACGAUUGGCCGACUCCGCGAGCGCGUUUGGUGGCCCGGUCUUCUCGACGACGUCACACGCUAUUGCGAGUUAUGCGAGGUUUGCCGACGUUGCAAAUCCCGCAAUCAUCGUCUGUACGGCGAGUUGCGACCGUUACAGGUCCCCUUGCGGCGAAGGGAAGCGAUUGCCAUUGAUAUUACCGGCCCGUUCCCCAAGCACAAGAUUGGAGUGGAUGGGAUUCUCACGGUGGUCGACCGACUCACCAAGUUUGCCAUGUUUUUGCCUUGCCGCUAUCAUGCCAAGGCACCGGAGUUGGCCGAGGUUCUUUACGCCGAUUGGAUUCGAACCAAGGGUUACCCCAAGGAAAUCGCCUGCGACCGCGACACUUGGUUCAUGUCCGAGUUUUGGUUGGCGCUCAUCAAACGAUGGGGCUCAUCUCUCAAGCCAAGCUCGGCUCGCCACCCCCAAACCGAUGGCCAAACGGAGAGGGCGCAUCACACCGCACAGGUUCUCCUUCGCACUCUCAUCCGUCCUGACCAAAAGGAUUGGGUUGAGCGGCUGCCGAAUGUCGAGUUGGCAUACAACUCGUCCAUCCACCCAGCUAUCAGGAUGUCGCCCUUCGAGUUCGAGCACGGCUCGCCGGUCACUUCUCCGUUGGACACAAUCAUUCCACGAACGACCGAGAGCGACGACCAUCUUCUUUUCUUGCGACGGAUGCAAGAGCUACUUGUCAAGGCAUGCGAUCAGAUGGCCAAGACGCAGCAACACAUGAGCCAACAGGCCAAUCGCCAGCAUCUUCCUUGCCCAUUCCGCGUCGGCGAACUCGUUUGGGUUUCCACCACGGAAUUCAGCCUUGAACAAGAUAUCUCUCGCAAGCUCCUCCCGAAAUGGACGGGGCCUUGGCCGAUCGUGGCAGCCGCCGGGGAUGCACCCGAAGGACCUUCAUUCACCAUUCAGGUGGCCGCCCACUUGCCCAUCUACCUGGUCUUUCACUGCUCCAAGUUGGCUCUCUACACGCCAGUGGAACAUGACGAUUUUCCCAGACGAUGAUCGCAAGACCCACCAUCUAUGGACGACUUUCAAGAGGUCGGGGCCAACCGAGUACUUGGUACACUUUGCG